CCUAGCAUUGCACACAAUUCUUAACCCUAAGCCAAAAAUUCAUAGCCAAAAUCCAGACAGUGCAUCCACCACUGUCGAACAUCAAUCCCACCACCGCCCCGAAUUUUUUGUGACGACCGCAACUCCAACCCGGCAAAGCUGAGCCAUUCUCUCCCCAAGACACCUUCAACUACAGAUCGAUUCUCAGCAGUCACCAUCCAUAUCCAGUAGUCAAGAUGGCCGUCCCGGGUUCUCAAAUUUCCAAGCGCAGAAAGUUCGUCGCUGACGGUGUCUUCUACGCCGAGCUGAACGAGUUCUUCCAGCGCGAGCUCGCCGAGGAGGGCUACUCGGGCGUCGAAGUGCGCGUCACUCCCACCGUUACCGACAUCAUCAUCCGCGCCACCCACACCCAAGAGGUUCUCGGUGAGCAAGGUCGCCGCAUCCGCGAGCUCACCUCCCUCAUCCAGAAGCGCUUCAAGUUCCCCGAGAACUCGGUCUCCCUCUACGCCGCCAAGGUCCAGAACCGUGGUCUGUCCGCCGUCGCCCAGUGCGAGUCCCUGCGCUACAAGCUUCUCAACGGUCUCGCCGUCCGUCGUGCCUGCUAUGGUGUCCUCCGAUUCAUAAUGGAGAGCGGAGCCAAGGGUUGCGAGGUUGUCGUCUCCGGUAAGCUGCGCGCCGCCCGUGCCAAGUCCAUGAAGUUCACCGACGGCUUCAUGAUCCACUCCGGUCAACCCGCCCGCGACUUCAUCGACAGCGCCACCCGCCACGUUCUUCUGCGCCAGGGUGUUCUCGGUAUCAAGGUCAAGAUCAUGCGCGGCUCUGAUCCCGAGGGCAAGGCCGGUCCCUCCAAGUCUCUACCCGAUGCCGUCACCAUCAUCGAGCCCAAGGAAGAGUCUAGCAUCGUAACACCCAUGAGCCAAGACUACGGCGCCAAGGCCGCCCAGAUCCAGGCUCAGGCCGAGGCUGCUCGCGCUGCCGAGGAGGAGGGCGGCGAGGAGGCUGCCCCCGCUGAGGAAUAAAGGAUUGAGCAGUCGGUGCUGGACUCUUCAAUCUGAACGGUGGGGAAAGAAAAUCGGGAGGACGGAAAUGGAUGAAUUCUAACGAGGAAACGCGGUCUGUAUUUUCUCGAGGGCAAGAGAUUCUUCGGCGUCUUUGAUCA